AUGGACUUCCACCGAAACCACCACAGCACCACCUCCCCCACAUCCUCUGCCUCCUCCACCACUACCACCACCAUCCCCAUUCCCAACCCUAACCCGAACCCUAAUCCCUCCUCCAACUGCAUCUCUACCGACGACCCAAUGCACUCCUGGUGGGAGUCCAUCUCCAAGGCCCGCUCUCGCAUCCACUCCUUGUCCUCUCUCCUCCCCCCUUCUCUCUCCUCCUGUCUCUCCUCCCUCGCCGACUCCGACCGCCCUGCCCUCUCCCUUCUGUCCUCCCUUGAGUCCUACGACGCCGUUUCUUCCGCCCUAUCGUCCCCUCUCUCCGGUUCAGGAUCCGACCCCCUCUGCCACUGGCUCUACGACACCUUCCUCUCCUCUGACCCCCAUCUACGACUCGUCGUUUUCUCUUUCCUCCCUGUCCUCUCUGGCCUCUACCUCUCCCGGGUCCAUUCUCUCUCCUCUGACUCUCCCUCUCUUCCUUCCCUCGCCGGCUUCGAAGCUGUUCUCCUCGCCCUCUACGCCGCCGAGACCAAGGCUCGAAACGGCAAGCCUGUUGUCGUUUCGAUCCCAGAUCUCUCUCAGCCCUCUCUCUACCACACCCCUCGAGUUCACAAGCCCAACCCCCUCGCUGCCGCCAUUUCCCCCCACCAGUCAAUUGGGGUUUUGUCGCCGCCUCUGGAGCCCCAGAUCGCCGUCAAGUCCACCAAACGUGCCUGCAUUGUCGGCGUUGCCCUCGAUUCCUAUUACAAGCACAUUUCCCAGAUGCCCACUUGGUCCAAGAUUGACUUUUGUCGAUUCCUAGCUUCUUGGGCCGGCCAGGAUUGCCAUUGUCUGCACCAAGUCGGUGACGAUGAUACCAAUGAGCCCGACAUUACUCCGGCAUUGUUCUUGGAGAGCGGCAAUGAGAUUGACGAUGUGACUGAAGAAAUGGAUCAGUUAAUGAGAUUUGAGGAGAAAAAUGUUUGCAAUGGUGUAGUUUUGGAGUCAAAGGGGUCAAUAAUUCCAUUACCUUGGGAGCUUUUGCAGCCAGCGUUGCGAAUAGUGGGGCAUUGUCUGAUGGCCCCAUUGAAUUCUCAGGACAUUAAGGACGCGGCUUCUGUUGCAGUGAAGCGAUUGUAUGCUCGGGCAUCUCAUGAUUUGGUGCCACAGGCGAUUUUAGCUACUCAGAGCCUAAUUCAGCUAGAUAAGAGGGCACGGGAGUCUGCCAAGGCUACUGCGGCUGCUAAUUCGUCUUCAAACGCUAACACCCCAAGCAAAGCUAAGAACCCCGAAGUACUUUUGGUCUCAAAAUGA